UGUGCAUUGUUGUGGGAACAGAAAGCGAGUUGAGAUUGAUAUACGGGGGCCGAAGACAAGUUGUGCAUAUCAUCACCAGACCAGCUGCAGUGCAGGCAGCGGCAGCAGUAGUUUCCAACGAGUCCUGAACGCAUCCUUCCAGACAUGGGUUGCUAUGACUGCUGUAUGCGCUGUUUGGGCGGGGUACCAUACUGCUCCCUGGUCGCCACGCUGUUGUGCUUCUCUGGCAUUGCCCUCUUCUGCGGUUGUGGUCACCAGGCACUUACAGAGACAGAGAGACUCAUCGAGACUUACUUUGCCCGUAACAUUCAGGACUACAUCACCCUCGCCUACAUCAUUCAGUAUUUCCAGUAUGUCAUCUACGGUUUGGCCACCUUUUUCUUCGUCUACUGCAUUGUCCUCUUGGCUGAGGGCUUCUACACGACGAGCGCUGCCAAGCAAACCUUUGGAGAGUUCAGGAGCACCAUGUGUGGCCGCUGCCUCAGCUCCUCGUUUAUAGUGAUGACAUAUGUGCUAGCUGUGCUGUGGCUGUUGGUGUUCGCCCUCUCAGCCCUGCCUGUGUACUUCUUCUACAACAUGGACGCCACCUGCCACACUAUUGAUGUUCUGACUGAGACCCCAGCCAGUAUCAACCAGCUCUGUGUGGAUGCAAGGCAAUACGGGCUCCUGCCGUGGAAUGCUGUGCCAGGGAAGGCGUGUGGUAUAACUCUGUCCUCUAUUUGCAAGACCAGAGAGUACGAAAUGACCUAUGACCUCUACAUUGCUGCCUUCGCCGGCGCGGGCAUCACUCUCUUGGCUCUGGUGCACUGUUCCCUGCACUUGGCUUUGAACCAGGUAUACCUGAGGAAGCUGAGGCACAGGGCGAAAGAGGAGAGGAGAGGCUAUGACCUGUAUGGGAGGCUGCAGAGAGACAGAGGGGGGACACUGUGCUCUCCGUACCCUGCGAACACGUCUGACACCUCCUGACAGUGCCUCCAGUGCUGCUGCAGGAGCUCUUUCCAACAAAUGCACAUCACACCUGAGCUGGUCAUCAAAAGUGUUCAAAUCUGUUGGUACAUCUUGGUAGUUGAAUUAUUAGCCUUUGUUAAUUUAGGAGGUUUAUUUUUAAAUCUAGGUUAUCGUGUUGAAUUUUUGUUAUAAAAUGGUAAAAAUGCAGGUGGAAUCUUUUUUUUCAAUUGAGUCAUGACAUUUCAUUUUUCAGGCAUUUUCCAUAACGUUCUGCAUGUUACCAUUGACUAUAGAAUUUUUACUUUAUAUUCUGUAAGAUUUCAAAAUGUGUACUUUCCUUGGCAGGUGAAGAGAAAAAAAUCCUGUCUGGUUCUCAUUUCACAGUAUGCGGUGCAUGCUUAAUAUCCUUUUUAAUGAAGAGGAAAUAAACAGUGUUCACUGUC